GGGGACGAUGCCUUUCUGCAAGAGGACGACACUUCCCAAAGAUGUGUGCAAGCCCGGCAGCGGAGGGCUGCGGCUGCGGGAGGCGCGUCCCCGCCGGCCGCCGGAGGUCUUCUCGGACCUGGCGGACGUGUGCGGCUUCUCGCUGUGCUCGGUGCUGCGGCAGCUGAGCGACCUGUCCCGGCACUCGGUGAGCAUCCUGGAGGAGCUGGAGGGGGAGCUGGUGUCCGUGUGCCGCCGCUCCGGCGCGCUGGAGGGACGGCUGGUCCGGCUGCAGAGGCGCGUCGGGGAGCUGCUCAGCAAGCCGCCACCGAGAGCCACUAGCGGUCUCGAGGCGGAGGGCGGCAGGCGCGGCGGCAGCAGCAGCAGCAGCAGCAGCAGCCAUCAUGGCGGUGGUGGUGAUGGCGGCGGCGGCGGCGGCGGUGGCGGCGGUGGAGCGGCCCACUUCAAGUCUCCAUGGCAACAGAGCGUGAACGUGUUCGGCUCGUGGAGCAGGCCGGACUGUGUGGAGGAGCUGCACCAGGAGGCUCAGCUCAACCUCCAGAGCCUGCUGCAAGACUUUGAGGAGCAGUUGUACGACACCAAGCUGACCGGUCAGACGUUCCGGCAUCCGUCCUCGCAGAGCUCCGACGACACGUCCACCUCGCUCAGCCGCUCGCCCGUCUCCCUCCACAACAAGAGACCCGACUUCAUCUUCCUGCCGGCGUCCAAACAGCUUUACGACGAUGAAACCUCCUCCUCCGUGUUCGGACUGAGGUCAGCGACCGACCCGUCUCCCUCCCCGACCCCGUCCCCCUGCAGCUCAGACCGCCCCCCUCUGGGCUGGAGUAGUAACAACAGCAGCAGCAGCACCGCCACGUCGGUGAACACUGGACCGCCCACCGCGGAGAAACCCCGCUGGCACCUGGGGAGGCGGGCGCCGGCGCACUUCAUACCACACGACAUCACAGGUGAGGGAGGAGGAGGAGGAGGAGGAGGAGGAGGGAAAUUCCACGGCGUCGACCUCCUCCAGCACUCCCCGUCCCCAUCCCCAUCUCCAGGGGAGCCCUUCCCCCACCAGCCCCACUCCCUGGAGCCUGUCACGGACACCCCCCACCAGAGCCUCCCCCUAAGGAAGACGCACUCUGACCUCGACACAACCUUACCUGCAGAUAAAGCUGUAGAGCAUCGUGUCUCAAACCAGCUUCACCCAGGCACUAUGGACCACUCUGGUCUCCUGUGCUCAAACACACCCUCGGCUUCCUGGAACGGACCAAAGGGCUCCACCUUUUCUCCCGGGGCGUGGAACGAGCCUUACAACUACAGCAUGAGCAAAGGCCCGGCGGUCCCGCCCAAACAGCACAGCGUCAUCGGCCACGCCGGUGGAGGGCUGCAGGACGGCAUGAUGCUGGUGAGCUCAGGACAGUCGAUGAGCUCACACGCCAGCUCCUUCACGUCUGUGACGGACUCUUCGGGGAGAGGAGGGAAUACCGUGCCAGGGAUUUCACUGGUAACGCCGUCAAUGGGGAAGCGGAGCGAGACGGAAGGAGCUGCAGCGGAUGGGGGGAGACGAGUUGGGGGAGGGGCAGUUGGGGAGGCGGGGAGAAGCAGGGAGAGGUCGGCACGAUCCAUAGCAGCACAGAAAGCCUUCAAGUUCCGGGAGCGUUCCCUUUCCACACCCACAGAAUCUGGUUCCUUCAGCUUUGCCGAGGGUGGUGUGGGCCAGCCAGAUGGGGACGUCACGUCCACUGGGAAUGGAAAUGCUUUGGCAAUAUCAGACCUCCAACAACAGCACCACCACUUCCUCGGUUUGAGCGAGAACUACGCUCUCCUCUACCCGAGAGGCAGCUCCGAAGACAGUGCCAGUACGACUGAUACGAUAUCCGUCACGGCGUCGGACUACAGCGCUGAUGGCCGCCUGCGCCUUCGCUCACGUUCCAUCUCCCUCAAGAAAUCCAAGCGCAAGCCACCACCUCCAGUGAGGAGUGUCUCUUUAAUGAAGAACCUCGGAGAAGCCCAGGGAAGAAUCCACCAUGAGGGUGGCCUUUAUCGGGACGGACGCCCAAAGAGCUUGCAUAUCCCGAGGGAUCACUUCCCAGACUUCCAGGCUGAUUUCCUCCUGCCCAGCUCCUCCUGCUCCUCUCGACCAAGUGAGAGGGAGCUGGGACAUGGAGGCAGCGAUGGACCCCCGAGCCUGGAAGUUCAGCCACCAGAGAGGGAGGGAGAGACAGAACUGACCUUCCCCAAUCACUGGCAGCUGGGGGACUGGAAGAAUGACCCCUACAGGUCUCUCUCAGGCUCCAGCACAGCGACUGGUACCACAGUGAUUGAAUGUAUGAAAGUCCGAAGCAGCUCUGAGUCACUUCUUGACUCUCCCUCCACCUCCAGAGGCACCUCCCCCUCACAGCUCUCCAUGGAAACUGAAGUCAAGGCGUCCUCACCCUUCAAACCCCCAGGACUUAUGUCACCAUCAAGUGGCUACUCCAGCCAGUCAGAGACUCCCACUCCAACUGUUCCACUCAGCCAUGUGGCAGGUCAGGGGACACUCGGGACGUUGGGGUGUAAGUUGCGCCCGAAGAUUCCAGAAAGGAAAUCGUCCCUUCCCUCACCCAAGGACCCGUCUGCGAGAUCCAGGUUGUCCUUUGAGAUGCCAGGGAAUGCACAUCUGGAGCUGUGUUCCAUCAAGCCGAAGCAAAAGGCCAGUAGACGGCAUUCUGACACCUCCACAGCAGCGAAACCAGGGAAGGUCAGUCCGAGCUCACACGCUUUGCCUGUCGUUACCCAGAACGAGCUGAAGACUAUUCGGCUUCGCUCUGUCUCUCGCGGAGACCUCGAGGACUGUCCUGAUGGUGCGUCUGACACCAUUGAAGAAGAGCAGCACGGCCGAGACUUCUGUGAAUUCCCCAGUCCUCCGCCCACUCUACCAAAACCCAAACCACCUGUCGCCAUCAAGCCCCCUUUGCCUAAGCGACCUAUAAACCUCCUCAUCAAGGCUCCUUCCCCCUCCUCUACGUCCCCUCUUGCCCUGGACUCACCACCGGGCUCCCCCGUGGAACGGCCUGUGCCCUUGGGCAACAUCUACAAAGUCAUGAGAAGACCCAAACCCAAAAAACCUCCUCCUCAAACUUUAUCAAGUCCUUCUGGUCUCCCAGAUUCAAAUUUCACUUCCAACGCACAAACUGGUUAUGAUCAUCCCUUCCUCCACCACUCCCAGUCCCUUUUCGAUCUCCCUCCACUCCCGGAUCCUCAGCCUCUCCUGGAGGACCCGGCGUUAGAGCCUGAAUUUGAAUCCGACCACGAGAUCCGGCUUGGGCCUGAAGAUGGAGGUUCACUCCCUUCUCCAUGCAGUAAUCAGGAGGCCCAGGAGCUCCCGGACAAGAGCAAGACACUCCCCUCGAGGUUGACCAUCUCCUGUCUGUCAGAGCUGUCAGACAAAAAGAAACCCAAGGUUCCUCCUCCAGUCCCCAAGAAGCCCAGUGUUCUGCUACUCCCCACCUCGGUCCACUCCUCCACCAAUGGCAGCGCCGAUCGGCAGACGCCGCAGGCCGACAGCCCUGUGGGCCUUCGGUCUCCAGUUGGACCACUCCCACCAGACUAUCUUUCCAGCGUUCCCUGUGUUCCAGAUAUGCCAGAGCUAGAUGAGAACCACUUGGAACCAGACGAGGAGAGUUCUAAAGAGUCGUCACUUCAGUCCACUGCGCAGGAUUCCUCUUUUACUGAGCUCGAGGGGAAGAUGGCCGCCACUGGAAUCGGGGCAGAUGACUCCGAUGAGAAGACUGUGCUCCACAUCGCCGAGGAGACGGAUGACGACCUGCCGGCCACGCCGACAUCACACACCACCGAAGACCUUUUCACUAUCAUACACAGGUCCAAGCGAAAGGUUCUUGGUCGCAAGGAGCCGACCGACUCCUUCGGCAGCCGACAGAGCCUGGUGUCCCCCGUGAAGCACAGCGCCGGCAGCACCGACCUCCGGGCCAUGACCUUGGGCAGCAGUCAGAGGUCAAGCUCCCGCAACGACAACUUCAUGGCCCUGCUUCAGAAGAAAGGCAGCAAGUCUUCCAGCGGAGGGGCCAGAGUUUCCGCCAUGGAGCUUCUCAAAAGCACAAACCCUCUGGCACGACGGGUCACCGAGUUCUCCAGCACCACAUCGACAUCCGCGGAGGGAGAAGAGGCAGCACCUGGGAACGGCCAGCCCAGCGACCAGUGAAUGGAAUCAUCAUGAGUGUGAACCAGGUCCGAUUGCUGAUGACAAAGCUACUAAACAACUCUACAAUGCACCGCCCUCUGCAGGUGGGACUCUCCGACCAACCAGAUCGCUCCAACUACUGAUCGACCAUUUGCACCGUCCAAUCAAAGUGGAGCACAGUUUUGGACAAAAUGGUCCCUUCCAUGGUUGGAGCGCUGUAGUCAUCUGUCAAACCGGUCCCCUGUUGGACAGAGAGGACGUUGUGGAGAACGAUUCAGGUUCUCACAAUAUUGAGUAGGUGGUGGCUGUGAGGCUGUGUCUCAGAGUGGAUGUCGGAUGGAUUAAUGAGUGGGUGGAGCAGACCCUGGGGAUUAUGUGGUUCUACCGUGGAUCUAUUCACUCCUGGCUCUUCUGGAUGAGGAGAGUCCCUGAUGAAGACAGUGGUUCAUGAAUCUUUAACCACUCGUACUGAUCCUCAGAUGAUCAGUAAAGAAAUCUAUCCAAGAAACAAAUGGAAUAACAUACAAAAGAGUUUUAACUUCUUCUUCUUGGAACUUGAACUUUCCAGCCAGUAGCACCACAGAACCUGCACCUGUGGACCUACAUGGAACGAAGGGUAAGUUCCUCAUGGGCAUGACGAGGCACCUGAGAGAGAAAAAGAUCUCGACACCUUGGACAUCACGGCUCCUCUGUACGUUCAAAAGAGAAGACGAAGAGGAGGAUUUACAAAGAGACAGCACCAGGGGGCUUUCUCCAGCGAGGAUGAGGCAUGAGCAUGUGUCGUGUUUUGCUCCUCGUGCUCUGAACCUGGACGUGGACCUUCACUAAACAUUCCACGGAGGCGAAUGGACGCAAGCACUUUUUUUUCUUCUCGUUAGCGUUGGAGCAUCGCUACGUUUUCUUCUUGAGAUCCUCGUCAAUCAUUCUUUUUUAAGUCUCUGUUUAGACUUUGCAUAUAUUUUUUUUUGCUAGAUUUGACCAUAAACUGUACAUGUUGGGUUGGAUUGUACUUUGUGUAUCGUGUACAAAGACCAGAGUCGCUCAUCUACCAGUCAUUCAAAGAUAAUGUACAGACAGAGCCGCCGACAGCUUGGACUGCAAACUGCCCACGGAGGGAAAACACACACAGACUCAAGAGGAAACGCCUCGGAGAUCUACACAAGUGUGUGUCUGUACGAGUGUGUGUGUUUGUAUGAGUGUGUGUGUGUGCAGAUGACUUCUUGCCUGUUGAUUUUCUGUACGGAGAGCAUGACGCAGGCCGGGUUAUUCAACAGGGUUUUUAUUCAUGUUUUGGUCUCUGGUGACGGGACCAAAGGACUGUUAGAAAAACAACACACAGACCAGAGGGGACUGAGUUGUGCAAAUGUGUGUGUCUGCACUCGUCUUUGUGUGUCUGUGUGUGUGUAGAGGGAAAUGCCAAGAACAAAGAGGGAGACAGAGGGAGAGAGUGCAUGAGCGUAUGUCUCCAACAUGUGUGCAUAUUCUGGCUUGUGUGUGUUUGUGUGUUUGUCAUCACGCAGUUCCAGAGCGAUGUCACAGGGUCGUUCCUUUUUGUGUUGUCCUCUGUGCACAUUAACGUCCUCCGUCUCUAUCGUCUCAGAGGGGAGAUGGUGGCCUGCACCGCUCACCUCCUCCUCCUCCUCCUCCUCCUCCUCCUCCUUCUCCACCUCCUCGCCGCUCGCUCCUCUCCUCCUUUCAUCACUGCUGGUGCCUCUCUGCAAUUAGCAUCAUCUCUCUCUUUCCCUCCCUGGCACGUCGCACACUCUCUCUCUCUCUUCACCGACAAAUAGCAGCUCUCUGUAGCGCCGCCUCCAUUUUGCUAAAUCCUUAUCUUCCCUCUUCCCUCCUCUCCCCACCUCCUUUGACCCUCUCCCACUUUCCGUUUAACCUUCUCUCGUUCCUCUCGUCUCGCUCUUCCUCCCCUUCACCUCCCUUUGCUUUCAGUCUAUGCAUCUGAGCUCGACAGACGACGCGACACCGGAUGAAUGUCAAUGAACGACUGUUACGAACGUAGACGCCGUGCUCCGCUUGAUAGUGCAUGAGACAUAUUUCUAUCAGUGCUUAUCUUCUGCCUUCUCUUUCUUUCGCUCUAUGAGUUUUUAUAUGAUCCAUAAACGAUGGAAUGAACGUGGAUGAAUGAGUGAGAGAGGGAGUGGAUCAGUGACAAAACCCAGGAACAGGCAGGGUCUGACUUUGUUUUUGCGUAAACAGACUUUGGGACUGUGGACGGACGCCCUGUGCUCCUCACUCCUGAACGACUGGUUCUGGAUCAGUGAUUGGACGCUUCCAUCGGUUGUUCAGCUCUAAAAUCAUGACCUACCCCCCCACCCUGCAUGAACAGACCCCCGUAGAGAGAGGAGGGGAACCUGACGUCUCCUGACUCCCCCCUCGGUGCUAUUGAGUCAGAGCUCCCCCUAUUGGAUGGAAAUGUACACAACAACAGCAGCAGAGUAAAACAAACAAACUGUCACACACAUCCUUCAGGAAAACCAUCAUCCUGGAAAAAGAUUUUAAAAACUGAAGAAAUGAUGACUCGUCGAGUGACGCUUGUUUUAAAUAUUUAGUGAAUGGAAAAAAGAAGAACCUAUAAAGCUCUGUGUGUGUUUGCCUUGUGAACUGAAUUAUGGGCGCGUUGCUGCGGCGCCUCGUGUUGUUUUUCUUUAUGUUACAUUUUUAUUUUUUUUUAUUUCAGCUGCCUUGGUGGUACACACACAAACACAACUUUUUCUAAAUCAGGCCAAGAUAACGUGUUGAAGGUAGCGUUCAAGAAUCUGGUGAUCAGGACGUUUCAAAAGCUACACUAUGCAGCUUUUGAAAAUUUGUGUGAUAUUUCAUUGAGUGUGAACAAGGAGAAAGUUUCCUCCUUCUCUCCCUGUGCGUCUGUUCUGUGUAACUCUGGUGAGUGGGUUCCAUCUCCUGUGAGAAGAACUGACUGAGAGUCACAAACUGUCACAAUCAGCUCCAGUGGAAGAGUGAAGCUGAACUGAGAUCAGUUUAAAACACUCAGAAGUUAUUAAAAACCAGAGUUUAUCUCCAAUAUUCAGCAGGAAACUGUGAAAACAUGAAGAAUUCUAAACAGAGUUUGGUGGAUUUGUUCCAGCAGUAGUUCCUCUGGUUCAGAAAGCCGAGGAUCAUGGGUAAUAUCCAGCGUAUCCAGAAUCAAUCACCAGGUGUGGCUGCAGGGGGCGCUGUUGCUCAGUGAAGGUUACAUAGUGUUGCUUUAAGCUGGUAUUACAUUGUACAUGAUAUUUUUCACUCGGGCCAAUCACGUUUCUGAGACCUGACAGGGGAGUGGCCAGAACGAGACAAACUGUCAUUCAAACACACAUGUGAUCAUGAAACCAUUGUGUUGUUUUAUUUUGUGAACACAAAGAAAACGAGGGUGUUAUCUCUCCUGUUGAGAUACUUUAGACCUCCAAGAGAUUUCUGUAAUGCAGUACUACCGGCCUCUGAAACACGCUGACAGUACCUCAUAUUGAAAAUGUCAUUUCUGUAAAGUGUGAGGGUGAGAGCCGGAGAGAGGCAGAUAUUGAAUAUUUAAUCCAUUAUCCCGUCUUUGGGAGGACGAAAUGGGGAGAGAGAGGAAGGAGGGGAGGAUGAGGUGUUCGGCUGGAUUCUGCUGAAUGUGGGGAUUACCACGCCGGAAUUUAUACGUUUCUAUUCCCUCCCCUGUUCCCUCACCCCCCCCCCCCCCCCCCCCCUGUCGUCUGAGGGGUAAUCACGUUAAGAGCUUUCCCCUCUCUCUCACUCUCUCUGCUUCUUCCCCUGCUAGGCGAUGAAAGGUGCAGGGAAGCAGAUCAAGCAAUCGCCGGGUAAUUAAUUUCGGUUUAAUUUUGCGGCUGCGUAGAGCAACCUGUAGCUCAGAGACACAAAUGUACAGUUAAAGGUUAAGUUGGAGACAGAAAGAUCAAAGUUUAUCUGAAGACGUGUGUGUGUGUGUGUGUUUGUAAGGUUUAAUGAGUAAAGCUUCUAUAAUGAGACCAAAUGGCAGAAGAGCAAAGACAAAUCAAACGUCCCCUCAGACUUAAGAGUCCAGAGCAAAGUACCAGUAAGGACGUAGAAAUAUUAUAUAUCAGAAACAGCUAUGAUGAUAAAAAGAAGUUAUUAUUUUUAUGACUGUAUAGAGAAAUCUGCCCCAACAGCUUUAAAAUAAAUGCAAUGGUUCAUAUUUUGCAAAAGCACCAGAGCAGAUAACGGAGCUGAGAAGACAACUGCACUUUGAAGGAGUUUAGAUAAACCACUAAACUAUGAAAUUCACAAAUCUGCAUUUUGAAUUACAACUGAACAGGUAGAGCGUCAGUUCACGGUACUAAAAAAAGAGUUUCAGGUCCCGGCAGAGCUCAACGCAGACAUGUCAACCAUCGAUUCUAUUUUUGUCGAGCAGCCAACGUGCAGCCACCUCCUGGCGACACCCCGAGUUACCAUGAAUAAUCAUGACGUUAUAUUUGGAUGUUUUAUUCCUAAUGUUCUGGGGCUUUGGGGGGGAAACAACAGAUGAGAUUCACAAACCUGUGCACAUCACACAUCCAGGUGUUUGAAGCCGGGCGACGUGCCCCCUGUGGAGUUUGGGUCCAGCUUCUUCAGAGAGUGAAACGGGGUGAAAGGUCAACAGAGAGAUUUAGAUUUAGAUUGGGGCCAAAGAGCAUCUUUGACGGGUGAGGUUUACUGUAACUGUACAUUUCAGGGGUACUGUGGAGGAAUGGAAAACUGAAAAGCUGGUAAACUCCACCCUCCUGCCACGCCAAGGGCAGUAAAACAAAGGCCCUCGUUUGGGUGGGGGGGGCUGUACAGUCGGUGUAUAAAGACUUAGAGAGAGAGACACGGACGAGUUAAUGGAAUUAUUCUAUUUUUGUUAUUCCUCAUUGACAAAGACAUAUUUAAAGGAAUAUUCCGUGUAUGUAUUGAAUAACCUUUGUUUCCCUGCCCCCCCCCCCCCCCCCCCCCUCCAGUGGCGUGACGUGUGGCUGCAGGGGGGGGGGGGCGCCGUCACACACAAACGCUUCCCCCCCUCCUCCGCAGCUCUGCAAUGCCAAUGUGAUGAAAUGAUUAUAUCAUUAUGAAUAAAUUAUUUUCUUGCUUAAAAA